AGUUCACGCCGUUUUGAGAACGUCGAGAAGAGUAGGCUGCGCCGCUUUAACCCUGAUUAGGGGGCGAGAGACUCGAACGGCCACCGAAGUAAUUUUGACUUCCUUGGACCUCAAGGUAGCCGAAAGAAUGCUCCUCAACUGUCAACACAUAUAUAUUCUAUGCCUCGGACAUACUGACAUACUGCACUGCUAACGUGGUCACAACAGGUCUACGGCCAUGAUAUUGCUUAGCUUGAUCGCAGGUAAAACUGCCCCUAUUAUUCUCCAAAUCCCUCCCGGCCAUGGGUAAACGGGUUGCAAUCGUGGGCAGUGGAAGUUCGGGCAUGGGUGCAUUAUGGGCACUCAACACCAGCACAGAUCAUGAAGUCCAUCUAUUUGAGGUAUCAUCACGCCUUGGUGGCGACACCAAUUCCGUCACAUUCGAAGGACCAAACGGUGAUGAGAUCGAGGUCGAUGUCGGGCUCACUAUGAUGAACACCGCUACGUAUCCCAACUUUCUCGCAUUUCUCGGGCACUUGGGUUUAUCGAUCCAGAAAGGAGACCUGACAUUCAGCGUCUCUCGCGAUCAGGGAACACUCGAGUGGGCCACGACAUCCCUCAAAUCCAUUUUCUCGCAAUGGGGAAAUCUCAUCGAUCUUGGGAUUUGGAGAAUGCUCUUCGACAUUGUCCGCUUCAAUGAGUUUGCACCAGAUCUGCUGCGGAGCGAAAGUGAGAGCAAGGCCGAUCCUCAAACCCAACCCAACAACAAGGGUAUCCCCAAUGAACCUGCCCAGGGCAGCAUCGGUGAAUAUCUUGACAAGAAAAACUACUCCCAAGAGUUCCAAGACAACUACCUUCUCCCAAUGACUGCCGCACUCUGGAGGACAAAUCCCAAUAUCUGUCUGCAGUUUCCAGCCAUCACACUAGUACGCUUCAUGUACCAAUACCACCUAUUGAAUACCACCGCCGAGAGGUCCAGUUUGUUAAGCAUUCCAGGAGGUUCGAAAGGGUACAUAGACGCUGUGCUGAGAGCUUUUCCUCAAUCUCGAAUGCAUGUCAAGUCGAGAGUGACCGCACUAGAGCCCACGGAAACGGGGUCAAUCGUGCUGACAGCCAACGGCAAAGACCAAGAGUUUGACCAUGUGAUACUCGCAAUUCCUGCAGAUCAAGCACUAAAAAUCUUGCAGCCUACAGCCAAGAAGGAGGAAGUCGAGAUCCUCGGCGGUUUCCAGACGACGAGAAACGUUGUAGUCCUGCAUUCAGACCUCACACUGAUGCCGAAAAGGCGAGUGCUAUGGUCUGCCUUGAACUAUAUCAUGGAAACUCCGUUCCCACCGACCAAGAGUCAAAACAUCUCACAGAUGUGUCUGACUUAUUGCAUGAACAUGAUUCAAGGUGUACCGGAGGAUAAGUUCGGUCCGAUCCUUGUCACCCUGAAUCCAUUGAACAUUCCGGAUCCUCGUUUGGCACAGGGAAUCUGGGAGUAUGCUCAUCCAUUGUACAACGCUGCCGCUAUCAGAUUUCAAGGACUGUUGCCGAGGAUUCAGGCCACCAGGAACAUCAGUUACUGUGGAUCCUGGACCAGGUUUGGAUUCCUCGAAGAUGGUUUCAGCAGCGGUUUGUCGGUAGCUGUCGACCAUUUGGGAGCUCAUUUGCCAUUUGGGAUCGUGGAUCCAGCGUACUCUCGAGAGAAACGGCCAACACCAACCAUCAAGAAUCAUCUGCUCAGAGUGAUCAUUCUGAUGGUACAGAUAAUGAUACUUCUCAUGGAAAGAGCAUGGUUCUUUUUGGAAUCGACUCUGGCGGGAAAUUCGACAAGGCAAAGGAAGAUUGCCUGAUGACU